AAUUGGAGCCGAAAUAAAAUGGAUAACUUUAGGCGUUUUUUGCGAAAUUACUGCUUGAACAGCACAAUAGUAGGUCUCAAAUACUUCUAUAUCUAUCCGGAUAUAUUAUCAAGAUGCUUCUGGGCAGUAAACAUGAUAUCAGUGUUGGCCAUGUCUUUUUCUAUCACCUACCUUCUAUAUAAUCGUUUUGAAGUAAUGCCGACGAGAAUCGCCAUUGAGAAUCAGUUUGAGCCAAUAAAUAGCCUUCCCUACCCUGCCAUCACUAUGUGUACCCCAAACCAGAUAACCCAAUCUGCCCUGGAAUAUUUCAACACUACGCUUAUGAAUGUCAAAAACCGAAACUUUGUCAACCGCUAUGUAAAAGCUACUGGAUUCACGAAAGCAUUGAUAGUGGUCAUAGACUAUGAUGAAGAAGACGCUAUGAAUGCUACAUUACUCUACGGUGGAUCAACACCGGUGAUGUACACUGAUUGGUCAGAAUUUCCAUCCGACGACGAAUUGUUUAUCCACGAUAAUUAUGGCGAGUCGUUCCACAUCUUGUCUGCUACUUACACAUAUUGCUCUGAAGAAGUUAAAUCGCUGCCUUUGUGGAGAUGCUUCUGGGUAGUGAACAUGAUAUCAGUGCUGGCCAUGUCUUUUUCUAUUACCUACUUUCUGUACAAUCGUUUCGAAGAAAUGCCGACAAGGAUCGCCAUAGAAAAUCAGUUCGAACCAAUAGAAAACCUUCCCUACCCUGCCAUCACUCUGUGUACCCCAAAUCAGUUAACCCAGUCUGCCCUGGAAUAUUUCAACAGUACGCUUAUUGAGGGUAACACAACUGAAUUGGAAACUUAUCUACCGCUAGUUUUAGGUUUAUACGAAUUUAUUAGUCUCACGAACCAGACCGAAAAUUUAUUGAAAAGUUUCCAGGAUUUACUAGAAAUGAACAGAUUCACUAUUUCAGAUUUGCUCAGUCGCGUCCCUCAAAACUGUGAAAACUUUCUAAAGCGCUGUUAUUUGGAAGGCAAGCAGUAUAACUGUUCAGACCUCUUCAAACCUAUUCUAACCACUCACGGAUACUGCUGCAGCUUUAACAAUGUCUACAUGUUUAAUGGAAAAUGUAAGUGUACUAAGAAUGUCAAAAACCGAAACUUUGUCAACCGCUAUGUAACAGCUACUGGAUUCACUAAAACGCUACUAGUGGUCAUUGACUUUCAAGAAGAAGACGCUAUAAAUGCUACAAUGCUCUACGGUGGAGCAACACCGGUGAUGUACUCAGAUUGGUCAGAGUUUCCGUCGACGACGAAUUAUUUUUCCUCGAUAAUUAUGGCGAGUCAUUCCACACCUUGUCCGCUACUUACACAUAUUGCUCUGAAGAAGUCAAAUCGCUGCCUUUGUGGAGGGAAUAUGUCUAAUUGGUUGACGUCAGAAAAUUGCCCGUGUCCACGUGACUGCGAGUCACGCAAAUACCGCGGUGAUGUGACCUUGGGGAACUUCAGGGCUGUACCCUAUGUUCUCAACGAUCCAUAUGAGGGUAACAAAACUGGUUUGGAAACAUAUAUACCGCUAGUUUUAGGCUUUUACGAAUAUAUUGAUAUUACGGACCAGACACGUGACAAGUUGAAAAGAUUCCAGGACUUGUUAGAAAAGAAUAGAUACACUGUUCCAGAGUUACUGAGUCGUGUGCCCCAAAUGUGUAAGAGGUUUCUGAAACGCUGUUACUUAGAACGCAAGAUGUACAAUUGCACAGACCUCUUCAAACCGAUUCUAACCGCCCGCGGGUACUGCUGCACCUUUAAUAAUAACUAUAUAUUUAAUCACAGAAUGAAUACCAGAGACCCAAACUUCGUGAACCGCACAGUGAAAGCUACAGGAUUCACUAAUGCUCUGGUAGUGGUCACUGAUUACGAAAUGGAAGACUCUAUCACUGGCACACUAUUGAACGCUGGAGCAGUCCCGGUGAUGUACACAGAUUGGACCGAGUUUCCAUCAGAUGACGAAUUAACUUAUAUCGAUGGCUACGGCGAGUCAUUCCAUAUCAUCUCAGCUACUUACACGUACUGCUCUGAUGAAGUCAAAUCCCUGCCUGUGAGAAGUCGAAAUUGCUAUUUUCCUGACGAACAUGUUCUAGAUCACUUUUGGAGCUACCAUAACUCGGAUUGUGACCAUCUGUGCUAUGCAAAUGCGGUGAAAGAGGCUUGCAACUGCACUCCUCCCUAUAUACCGCACUCUGGUAGAAGCUUAUUCUGCACACUCGUAGAUAUCCCCUGUAUUAUUGAUGUAAAAUGGAAUAUGUCCAAUUGGUUGACAACGGAAAAUUGCAUGUGUCUACGAGAUUGCGAGUCACGGAGAUACCAUGGUGAAAUGAGUUUGGGAAACUUCAAGGCUAUUCCUUACACAAUUAAAAAUCUGUAUGAUGGCUUGGAUUUAAACAACAGUACCAGUGCAUUUCAUUUCUUCUUCCCCAACCCGACGUAUUUGAAGCAAAAACAAGAAACUGUUAUGUCUAUCAUCAGCUUAGCUUCUAAUCUGGGAGGUGUAUUCGGCUUGUCCAUGGGCUUCAGCUGCAUCAGCUUCUUAGAAAUAUUGUUCUACAUUUACCUCGGACUCAAAAUGUACAUUAGAAAUAAACUUGCUAAGGUGUUCUUGGCAAUUUCAAAUCAUUACAAUUAAAUAAAUUCUAGCGUUGGCACCAGAUUUAUGAAGUAGCGUAGUUUGUUACAUUUUUAAAGUAAGCUUGCACGGGUUACAUAG